AAAUAGUAUAUACAGUUAACGCACAUACAGAAUAUACUUUUAAAGUAAAACACAAACGAUUAAAAGGUACGAAUUUUCUUAAACCGGGAAACAGAAAAUGACACGCAAAGAUAAUGACGCAUGUCGCGUGAAAAGAUAUACGUAUCCAUAUAGCAUAGUUGCAUGCAGGGCCGUCUUAACCAAGUACGUGUUUAGAGCGUCGAGAGAAGCAACCUACUACAAUUGUUGAUAACUAAAUUUAACUAAACGUUCAAAAUUUCGAAAUCUUAAUGUUUUAAAUUCCAAAGCUCCAAAGAUUUUAAAUUUUACAGUCAAAAAACUCUGAAGUUUUAAGAUUCAGAAAUUCCAAAGUGGAAAAGUUCUAAAAGCCCAAAGUUCCAUUUCGUAAAAUAAAAUUUUGUUGCAAUGUGUAUUUUAGAUUAAAAAUAUAUACUUAUAUGAAUGCACAAAAAUCCUGGAAGUGUUUGGGGUCUCUCGAGGUCUUAGUUCGGCCCUGAUCACGUCGCGAAUAUAUAUCUAUACGAAAUACGUAUACAGGUAUCAAUCAGCUGGGUGCACGUGAGCACAGAACACGUGCAUCAGUCAUUCGUAGCGUGUGGCAGUGUUGUGCGCGGCUCAAACACAGCGGUAAGCUUGCUGCCAGAUCAAGACCGGUUUACAGAAACAAAAAUAUUUAAAUACCAGGUUUUUCGUGACAAGAGUUUUCAGAAACGUAACGUGAUAAACGAAUUCUCCAUACAAAAAGUGUGAUCAAUCAUUCGAGCAUUGAUUCCAUUUUUCCAAGGAAAUAUGUGUAACUAAGUUUGGCGAGUAAAUUGCAGAAAUUCUUGAAUGAUUCUUCAUGAAAAGGAAAGUUGUGAUGUUAACAGAUGUGAAUAGUUUGAGAACAUAAUAUUUCUUUGAAAUGUGAUUGACAAUUAUUGGUUAGAAUGUCGAUAUACGACAGCAGUGUACUAAUCAUAUGGAUAUUUGUUUUAGGUACAGCAUCCAGAUUGAUGCUAACGUUGAUUCAUUGCAAAAGUAAAUGGGUUUCGCUUCUAAUCAAUCCGAAUUCAUUUUGCAAAGAAUUUUUUAUCAAUCUGCCCACUUCUGUAGUGCAAUUUGCGAUCACUUGGAAAUUACCGUUUUGGAACAGCGUAAAAUUCAAUCACAGCCAGGAUAAUAGAUGCUGGCACUAAUGAAGACUGCAAAACCCACUUUCCUGGAGAUCGAUAAUGACAAGUUUGAAACCAUCAUGAAAAUAUCAAACAAGGAUACGAUCGAACAAAAGAAGGAGUGUUCCAGUAACGAUGCAGACCCCUCAAAAACUUUACAACUGUUACGAGUCAAGGGAUUUCCCCGAUUAUUACCUGAAGGUAUUCAGGCGUUAGUCAGUUAUUGCCGGUACCUACAGGAGCUAUCAUUAUCGUAUUCGCUUAUCAGUGACGACUUGCUACUAGCUUUAAGUGCAGAGAAACAGAUUCAGUUAGAAACACUACGGCUGGAAGCGCAUCCGGAGACGAAACCACUUCCGCGUGUCAGUGACAAAGCAUGGUUUACGUUUUCGAGUAGUCUUCCAAAUAUAAAUCUUGUAUUGUUAUCUUACAUGACAAAUGAUGAUGAUCAGACACCGCUGAUUGCUCCUUGCGUUCCUAUUACACAUCUUUACUUUGGAGAAGCGCCAUCCGAAGCGACCGUGUUAUGCAUUGGUUAUCAAUGUCCUCGAUUGGUCGAAUUGGUAAUCGCUGCUUAUGGACCUGAUCUACUUGAUCACGCCUUACUCUCUAUCGCCGAUGGUUGUCCACGUUUGAACGCCGUUGGUUUGGGCGAUUGUGAAGUCACUUGCUCAGGAUUAUUGGAAUUUGUUACACGGUGUGCGAAACGUUUACAAGUACUGUACGUUUGGGAAACGGCAUUGGUCGAGGAUUCAGAUCUUGAUGUCGCAACUGUAUCAAAGAAUGUGUCGUUGCUCCUUGGACGUACUUGGGUACCUGAAUAUAUACCGUUGUAUUGAAGCUAGAUAAGUAACCGAAGCAAUUUAUAUCCCAUGUGAUUGCACAUAGUUGCUGACAAUAGUUUGCGCAUAUACCGUAAAUGUGCGUAAGUGAUAAAUCAGACUUUACAGAUAACCCUUUUCUAUUUUUUACAUAAAUCAAUUAUGUAAGUGACCACAUUAUUUUGGAUCGUAGAUUAGAUUGUAUUGUAUACACGUUUCCAAUAUUCUUACAAGUACUAUAUAUAAAAAAAGUAUUUCAGAAGAAUUUUAAUUUUGUUAAUUUUUCUUUAAGGAAAAAAGAAAAUGAUUUGUAUAUAAUUUUCUAUGUUAGCAAGGGAUUAGCAAUUGUUAUUAGAAAAACCAUAAUUUCGUUUCAUUGUAGUUCUCAUUAAGUUGUAUUUAUAAGUUGAUGUUCGAACGAUUUCGUGUAGUUCAUGAAAAGCUGAAACUCUUGGCGUCGUGAAAAAUUAGAAUGAACAAAAAAUGCCUCGUAUUGUAAAAAUUGCUCGUAUCUGUUAAUACCAAAAAUAUAAACUUUAUUAGAUUAUAAUGGUAUCCUUUUGCGUGUGAUGUAUAUAAAAUAAAAUAAUAUUACUACUUAUUUACCAACUGUCGCUCAUGAUAGAUAUGUAUAAUAUACAUUAAUUGAUAUAGUCUAUAAUGUUAUUGUAAUAUAACAGAAUAUGUACAUUAUUUCUACAUUAUAACACAAUAAAUGGUUGGAUAUACUUAGUAGUUAUAUCUAAUAACGUUAUCACUUAAUGUUUUUCACGAUUAAACUUCUUUCUUUGUUUGUUUAAUACACGUGAUUAUUUUUAUUUCUUUUUAUUAGCAUUUUGCUGAUGCUAUUCUAAAGAUGCGAGGUGCUCAGUCUUGUAUCCCAGCCGAUAUAUCCAAUCUUUUGUUUUAUAAGGCCGAUUCAAAAUUUUCAUGUUCGAACAACUUACGUAUUUCGGUUGCUUUUAUUAUAGGGAUGUACGGAAUUCAAAAGCUUCGACAUACGCGCGCAGUCUAAUUUCGGGUUAGUUCGACAAAAAUCUACACUCUGAUUUUCAAACAAACUUCCCAAUUUAGAAAUUUAGAAGUUUCCAAAUUUUCUAUCUAAUCAUCUAACUCGAUUCUGUCUAAAGUUCCAGUUCUCGAAGCGCAGAAAAAUCCGUACACCUCUAAUUUACGACAAUGUAUGUUAAUACGUAUAAGAAUCUGCAUCAUUUUUUGUAAAAAUUUUAAUGUUAUAUAAGAUAUAACAUGUUAGCGUAUCGAACAAAUAUUGUUACACUCUUUAGGAGCAUCAUAACAUCUUCCUUUUUGACUGUUUGUAAGAAACAGCAGUUUUAAAAAACAUGAUAAUAAUAAUAAAAGUUAACUUAUUUGACAUAACACAACAAUGGCAUACACUUGUUACGUUAUCGAUUAGAAAAUGCAGUAUUCGUUACUCGUAGAAUUUUUUAAGCAAUUAAUAAAUGAUAAGCGUACGCAAAGAUCUAAUUUAAGGCUUAAAGUAACAGAGCCCUUUGAACACGUUUGCCGUACAUGUUAAAAUUAUACUAUCUCUUCAUUAAUAUCAAUACGAAUAUUUUAACGAGAAAUAUUGAAAAAUUCUUAGGAACACGUAGAAAAAUUAUUCUAAUGUAAAUGUAUGGCUUUUGUUCUUAAUCUUCUAUGUUCUUAACAUUCUUGUUGCGAACAUGGAUCUAGGUUUCUUAAACUAAAAAUUAUUUUUAAAAAGGGCUCAAAUACACGUAAAAUAUUUCUAUGAACAAGAAAAAAUGUAAUUUUCAAUUUUAUUAUCAUUGCCCUAUUAACAAUCACUCUGUUCCUGAAUUGCACUGAUUUUUAUAAAUUUACUAUGUAAAUACUAUUGUUAAGUCUCAUUCAAUAUGAGCAUUCACAUUAUUAAAUAAUGUAGAAGACGAACGGAGUUUUCUUUUCGUUUUUUAAAAUAAAAUGUAAACACAACGAAUUAUUCGCAACGUUUACAAUAAUACGCGUGUGAUCUACUAAAAUUUUGUAUCACCAAAGAAUCAAACACUUGCGCAUUAACUGAAACUUAAUUACAUACAUAAUAAAUUUUCAGACAUGAUCUGUAUAGUGCUAGUAGAUUCUAUAACAUAGUAGAACUAUUUACAUUGAAUAUUUUCCUUAAUAAUAAAAUUCAUUAAUAUUUCUAACGCUUUGCAGGAAAAUCAAUUUAAAAUAUAAAGUAAUUAUAAAUCAAACUUUGCUCUACACAGAUCACAGUAUAUAUCGAGGUUUAGAACGGAUUUUAAACGCGAUUCACAGCUGCAUACAAACUAUUUAAAAUAUCAUUAACUUUUAGCACCACCUUAGGCAUAUUUGCUAUCUUUUGUAUCUGCUACUUUUGGCAAAAUAAUAGUAACGCUAUUGUUACGCAAGUUCACUAUUAACAGGCAUAACAAAAUAGGUCAGCUAUUAUCCUAUAUUAUUAAAAAGGAGCAAUCAAACAAAUGGACGGGUUGGUUACUUACUCUACGCGUAAUUUAAGUUUGGGUACACGUAAAACUAACGCAGCUUUAAAAGACAUGAUAUUUUUGAGCAUCGCGGCUGCUAAAUUUGCUCGUGGGGCCUUUUCUCUAAAUGUAUUUAACGUACAAUUUUCUCGUAACUAUUUCGUUAUUGAUUAAUUAAUUUUAAAAAACUUUGAGACUUUUCACGUCAUAGUCUUUCUUUUUACAUCUUUUACUUCUUACGAAAAUCUACGAUAAUUAUAAAAAGCUUAAGCCCCAAGAACAAAAUAGAUAAUAUAAUUAUUAUGAUUGCCUCGGCGCACAAUAUAUUUAACAAUAACACACUUAUUGUGUUCGUUCUGAUACACUUUACUCAAAAUAAUAGUUUUCUUUCCAUAAUAGAUUUCUCUAUUAUUUACGCACCUGUAUCUGUUACUUGUUAAGAUAUGGCUUCUGGUGUGGACCAGUCAUAUCAAUAAAAACAUUUCAAGUACCUGAGUCGAUCCUA